GCGCUGCCAACCCACCGUGCGCUGUCAUUGUCAAUUUUUGACACAUGUGAAUUCAAGUUGAAUUUCAUCAUAAUAAUCACGGGUCAUGGUUGUGUUUUGUCCUUUCUGUGGAAAUUUGCUAUUCGCUCAACAGACCUGCGGCCGAUUAGGUUUUGCGUGUCGCAUCUGCCCCGUGUCAUUCCCCAUUCGUGGAAAAAUCUCGAAUCGCACGUACUUCCAAGUGAAGUCCGUUGAUGACGUGCUCGGCGGCGAAGACGCCUGGAAAAACUGCGACGUAACAGCGGAAACGUGUCCAGAAUGCAGCCACCCCCACGCCUACUUCCUCCAGGUCCAGACCCGCUCUGCUGACGAGCCCAUGACCAACUUCUACCGCUGCUGCAACCCCGAAUGCGCCCACAACUGGCGAGAGUAGGCGAUGCGUUUUUUCGCCCCCCUUUUCAAAAAACUCUCCCCGAAGCGGGCUUCUAUGGCAUUGCACGUCCCCAUCAGGGACCCACAUGCUGAGGCUUUAGCCGUUGAUUUGUUAAAGUCGGGCCGCGUGAUCGCCCUCCCUACGGACAC